AUGCAAGUCCUUUAUAAAAAAAUAACAUUUGAAACAUCAAUAACAUAUUUAAAAGAAGCAUUAUUAUAUGGUGAACAUGAACAAUUAAAAUCUCCAUCAUCUCGUUUAGUUACUGGACAAUAUACUAAUUGUUCUGAUGUUAAAUUUCUUAAAUUUCAAAUCUAUGGUCGAACAACAUUAGCUAAUUGGUCGAUAACUAUUGAUACUAAUUAUCUUGUCAAUAUUCAUUUCGAUUCUCGUUAUGAUGUUGGUUCACAUUUAUCAUUUGUUGAUUUUGAUUGUGAAACAUUUAUGAAUCUAACACAACGAAGAUUUAAUUCUCAAAUAAUUUCAAUUAUGCAAGUAGCAAGUUUAUUAUCAAUACGUUAUCAAUCUUUAUAUGGAAUAUUUGAUAUGCUUGCAUUACGUUUACAAUUUAAUAUUAAAUCAUUAGCUGAUUUUGCUCAACAACUUUUUUCUUCACGAGAUUUUAUACUUUUAAAAUAUAAUUAUGCUGGUGAUACAUCAUUUUUUAUUGAAAAUUAUCCAUCAAUAAAUGAUGCACUUAUGCAAGGAACAGCUAUUAUUGAUUUAUUUUAUUGUACAACAAUAUCAAAUAAUGAUCGUUUAAAAAAUAAUAUAUUAACAUAUAUAAAUAAAUUUAUUGAAACAUUCGUUGAAAAUGGUGAUAUGAAAAUUCAUCUUCAAAAUGAAUUUUAUCGAAUUUGUGCAUCAGAUGAUUAUCUUAGAGAAAUUUUAUCAUCAAAUUUUACUUCAUAA